GCGUCCAUGGCAAACAGUGGCCAAGGCCACGCUCAGUCAUUCUCGCCUCGGAGCCAGCCUUACACUGCGAGGCGCCAUUCUCUCCCCAAGCAGAACAGGCUUCAGGCCGCGGUCAGCGGCCAGGCCUACAAGACAAAAGCCAGGAGGAGUCUGAAGGUGCAGUCUGCCACACAUCUCCAGGGGUGAGGUGGGUCGAGAAUGGCCCGGGUACUGGACAAGCACUGGGUAUCUCAACCUAGUUUUCCCAUCCGGCGGUGAGGCUUGGCGUCCCCGGACUCCGCAACGGAACUACAAUCCCCAGUACCGUGGCUGCCCGGACUCCCGGAAGUCGAGCACAGGCGGGACGGAAGCAGCAGGGACCCCGCCAACUGGCCGGGGGUUAAUUCAACAAGAAAAAGGGGGCGGGAAGAACUGCAGGGCACCUGUCAAGUCGCCACCAUGAAUGUGGUUUUUGCUGUGAAGCAGUACAUUUCCAAAAUGAUAGAGGACAGCGGGCCCGGUAUGAAAGUACUUCUCAUGGAUAAAGAGACGACUGGCAUAGUGAGUAUGGUAUACACACAGUCAGAGAUUCUUCAGAAGGAAGUGUACCUCUUUGAACGCAUAGAUUCACAAAAUCGAGAGAUCAUGAAACACCUGAAGGCAAUUUGUUUUCUUCGCCCUACAAAGGAGAAUGUGGAUUAUCUGAUUCAGGAGCUCCGAAGACCCAAAUAUAGUAUAUAUUUUAUUUAUUUCAGUAACGUGAUCAGCAAGAGUGAUGUGAAGUCAUUGGCUGAAGCAGAUGAACAGGAAGUUGUGGCUGAGGUUCAGGAAUUUUAUGGUGAUUACAUUGCUGUGAAUCCACAUUUGUUUUCCCUCAAUAUUUUGGGUUGCUGCCAGGGUCGAAAUUGGGAUCCAGUCCAGCUCUCCAGAACAACUCAAGGACUGACAGCUCUUCUUUUAUCUCUGAAGAAAUGUCCCAUGAUUCGUUAUCAGCUUUCAUCAGAGGCAGCAAAGAGACUUGCAGAAUGUGUUAAGCAAGUGAUAACUAAAGAAUAUGAACUGUUUGAGUUCCGGCGGACAGAGGUUCCUCCAUUACUACUUAUUUUAGAUCGCUGCGAUGAUGCCAUCACCCCAUUGCUCAACCAGUGGACAUAUCAGGCCAUGGUCCAUGAACUACUGGGCAUAAACAACAAUCGGAUUGAUCUUUCCAGAGUGCCGGGAAUCAGUAAAGACUUAAGAGAGGUGGUCCUAUCUGCUGAAAAUGAUGAAUUCUACGCUAACAACAUGUACCUGAACUUUGCUGAGAUUGGUAGCAAUAUAAAGAAUCUCAUGGAAGACUUUCAGAAGAGGAAACCAAAGGAACAGCAAAAACUAGAAUCAAUUGCAGAUAUGAAGGCCUUUGUUGAGAAUUAUCCACAGUUCAAGAAGAUGUCUGGGACUGUAUCAAAGCAUGUGACAGUGGUUGGAGAAUUGUCUCGGUUGGUCAGUGAGCGGAAUCUGCUGGAAGUUUCAGAGGUUGAACAAGAACUGGCCUGUCAAAAUGACCAUUCUAGUGCUCUCCAGAAUGUAAAGAGACUCCUGCAGAACCCCAAAGUGACAGAGUUUGAUGCUGCUCGCCUGGUGAUGCUUUAUGCUCUACAUUAUGAGCGACACAGCAGCAACAGCCUGCCAGGACUAAUAGUGGACCUUAGGAAUAGAGGUGUUUCUGAGAAGUAUCGAAAGCUUGUGUCUGCAGUUGUUGAAUAUGGUGGUAAACGAGUUAGAGGAAGUGACCUCUUUAGUCCCAAAGAUGCUGUGGCUAUUACCAAACAGUUUCUCAAAGGAUUAAAGGGAGUAGAAAAUGUGUAUACACAGCAUCAGCCUUUCCUACAUGAGACCCUGGACCAUCUAAUCAAAGGAAAGCUUAAGGAAAACCUGUAUCCUUAUCUAGGUCCCAGCACACUCAGAGACAGACCUCAGGAUAUCAUUGUGUUUGUAAUUGGAGGAGCCACCUAUGAAGAGGCUCUAACGGUUUAUAACCUGAACCGUACCACUCCUGGAGUGAGGAUUGUCCUGGGAGGAACUACAGUGCACAACACAAAAAGUUUCCUAGAGGAAGUUCUGGCUUCUGGACUGCACAGCCGAAGCAGGGAGAGCUCUCAAGCCACAUCGAGGUCAGCAAGCAGAAGAUGAAAUGGUGAUGGAGAGCUGGGAGAAUGGCACAACUUUCUUCCUGUCCAACUGCAGGCCUUCCCUGCUGACCAGAGGGGUUAGAGAGGGGUCUUGUGCUUGUUGUAACUCACCUGCCUGUAGCCACUGAUUCCUGAACCGCUGGCACAGGCAACAAGACUCCUGAUGAUUAGCUGAGAAUGAGUCUGAGCCCAUUGCAACCCACUGUUCUCGUGAUUUCUUUAUUGAGUAAAUAAAUGUGUUCUUUGUGUACUUGAUAGCACAAUCACUUUAGUAUCAGAUGGAUUUUGUUGGGAUCUUUCUUGGGGAAAGGGUUAUCAGAGCUGAGAGGGGUUGAAAGAGAAUCACGUCAUGCACAUGCUGCCGCUGUCCUCAGUGGCCUGUCUUCUCUUGGCCCUUCUUUCUUUCCAUUAACCACAUUCCUGCACAACUCAUUUCCAAGACCUCACCAUGUUUCUUUAGAGAGCCAUCAAAAAACUGUUUUUCCCUACAUUGCAAUUUUCUGUGGCACUGAGAAACCCUGUAUGACUACACUAAAAGUUCAUUUUGUGGAA